GGUAUAUAUGAUUCACAUAUCGAGUUGAACGGUUAUCCAUUCUUGGACAACAAAGGAGAGUAUCCAUAUUCAACAGUGGCGAUUCAAGUGAUGAAACCUGGGGCAGGAGGUCCUCCACUUCGGGUGAUCACGCAGGAUGCGAUGACUGUGGGUGAUAUUGAGACGUUGUUGAGAGAGACGAGUUAUAACGGCUUUCCGGUGGUAAUCAGUGAGGAGAAUCUGUUCUUAGUUGGGUUCUGCACUCGACGCGAUCUGCAAAUGGCUCUGCAUUCAGCACGUAAAACUCAGCCAUACGUAGUGACCAAUUCAAUAGUGUAUUUUUCGACGAAUGUUCCGGAUGAACGAGUUGGAGGGCCGGCACCAUUGAAACUGCGAAAAUUAAUUGAUUUAGUGAGUGAUUGA